AUGGCGGCCAAGGAGUGGACACGGAAUGUCAUCAAUGUCCACGGCAUAGAGAAAGAGCUGGAGCAAGGGAUCUCGCCGGCAGCCGGGGGCCGGCAACCGACAACCGCGCAGCCGAUCGACGCGGACCAAAGAGAUCGAAACGGUCCAAGUCGAGACACGAUAUUCUUGUACGAGAUCUACAAGCUUUUAGAUAAGCUGCUGUCAAAAGCCUAUCCAAAGGAUCGGGUCCACGUUGGACUGGCCAGCAUACCAAACACAACGGAAGUUCUGCAAAGAGCGGCAUGUCGCCAUCGUGACAAUCUGAAUGGCGCGCAAGAGGCCAUCACGGUCUUCUACAAUACAGAUUUGACAUACGUCUCGAGUCUUGGACCCCUUCUGUUGGCGAGCUCUUCAAGGAAUUGCAACUUUGACAACGUCUCUGCGGCUUGUCCUGUAGCUUCUGGCACGAAAUUGUCUUGCAAUGGCGCGUUGUCGGGAGUCGGGACGAGGGUAGAACGUGGCGCAGGGUCCCUGAUGAUUGAUAUCGGGGCUUAUCAAGCCACAUUUGGCGGGAACUCAUUGCGCUGGUAUCGCAAGUUUCUACGCUAUUCCAAGAAGCCUCUGCUUUCCUCUUCGACGCAAUGUUAUUACCAAUACCCGUCCCGACGCCAAAAAGAUGCCGGAACACCGAGCCGCGACAUUGCAAAACAGCGACCCCACGGCUUCAUGGAUCUCCCAGGGUCAGUCUCCGGGUCAGACAUGCAACAGCAUGGAGAAGAGCAGACUUUUUCCGCGGCUACGCACCGCGACCCAGUCUCUUUUCGGACGGCAUGGGAUGGGAUGGGAUGGGACCUUACGAGAGGGCUACAAAGAGCCAACAUUGCCUCCAAUUUUUACCUUGGGCAACGGGGUAUCCGUACAGCACCAGCAGCGCACCUCAGCAACACACGCAAGGCCGACUUGACGCCGGGAACGAGCGACAAUUCUCUCACUUUGUCUCUGUCCUUCUAUUCCCUCUCCCGCUUGUUCUCCUGUCUCUUCUACUUCAUCCGUGAAUCCCCUCCCAUCUACCUUUUUAUACCCAAUAUUCCCUUUACAACGAGAAGCUGCAGGCUCAAUUCGUUCUUCGCGCUUUCUUCAAAGACAUACACAAUGGCCAACUCUCCCCACGGCGGUGUCCUCAAGGACCUUUUCGCGCGCGAUGCGCCCCGCCAGUCUGAGCUGUUAGCCGAGGCCGACAAGCUCCCUUCUCUCCUGUUGACCGAGCGUCACCUCUGCGAUCUUGAGCUGAUCCUCAACGGUGGCUUCUCUCCUCUCGAAGGUACGUGGUGUUUACUGCCCGCGUUGUUGCUGCUACUUUCUGCUGGCUGCUGCUGCGGCGGUUGCCCCCCUUCUGCAUCCGUUGCGCGACGAGGCGGGACUGACUGUGGUGGCAUCUCUAUAGGUUUCAUGACCGAGAAGGACUACAAUGGAGUCGUCAAGGACAACCGUCUCGCCGAUGGCGCUCUCUUCUCCAUGCCCAUCACCCUCGAUGUCUCCCAGCAGCAGAUCGACACCCUCUCCAUCAAGCCCGGUGCGCGCAUCACCCUCCGCGACCUUAGAGACGACCGCAACCUUGCCAUCCUUACCGUUGAGGAUGUCUACAAGCCCGACAGAGUCAAGGAGGCCAUUGAGGUCUUUGGCAGCGACGACGACACCCACCCCGGUGUGAAGCACCUCUUCAACAAUACCAACGACUUUUACGUUGGCGGUAAGCUCGAGGCUAUCCAGCGUCUUGCUCACUACGACUUCCUCGACCUCAGAUUCACUCCCGCCGAGUUGAGACAGCACUUUGAGAAGCUCGGCUGGAACAAGGUCGUCGCUUUCCAGACUCGCAACCCCAUGCACCGCGCCCACAGAGAGCUCACUGUCCGCGCCGCCCGCUCCCAACAAGCCAACGUCCUUAUCCACCCCGUCGUCGGCAUGACCAAGCCCGGUGACAUUGACCACUUCACCCGUGUCCGCGUUUACAAGGCCCUCCUCCCCAGAUACCCCAACGGCAUGGCCGCCCUGGCCCUGCUACCCCUGGCCAUGCGCAUGGGCGGUCCCCGCGAGGCCAUCUGGCACGCCAUCAUCCGCAAGAACCACGGCGCCACGCACUUCAUUGUCGGCCGUGACCACGCCGGCCCCGGCAAGAACAAGAACGGCAAGGACCACUACGGCCCGUACGACGCCCAGGUCGCCGUCCAGAAGUACUCUGACGAGCUCGGCAUCACCAUGGUCGAGUUCCAGGAGAUGAUUUACAUCCCCGACCGCGACGAGUACCAGCCCGCCAACGAGAUCGCUCCUGGCACUCACACCGCCAACAUCUCUGGUACCGAGCUCCGCAACCGCCUCAAGACCGGCAAGGAGAUUCCCGCGUGGUUCUCCUACCCCGAGGUCGUCAAGGUCCUGCGCGAGCAGAACCCCCUCCCCGCCCAAAAGGGCUUCACCAUCUUCCUCACCGGCCUGCUCAACAGCGGAAAGGACCAGAUCGCAAAGGCCCUUCAAGUCACGCUUAACCAGGGCGGCGGCCGCUCCGUCUCCCUCCUCCUCGGCGAGACUGUCCGCCACGAGCUCUCCUCCGAGCUCGGCUUCAGCCGCGAGGACCGCGACAAGAACGUUGGCCGCAUCGCCUUCGUCGCCUCCGAGCUCACCCGCGCCGGCGCCGCCGUCAUUGCUGCGCCCAUUGCGCCAUUCGACGAGGCCCGCCAGAAGGCGCGCGAGCUGGUCGAGAAGGCCGGCCCCUUCUUCCUCGUGCACGUCGCCACCCCGCUCGAGUACGCCGAGAAGACGGACAAGCGCGGCAUCUACCAGAAGGCGCGCAACGGCGACAUCAAGGGCUUCACCGGUGUUGACGACCCGUACGAGGCGCCCGCCAAGGCCGACCUCGUCGUCAACCUCGAGCAGCAGACGGUCCGCUCCAUUGUUCACCAGAUUGUCCUGCUCCUCGAGAGCCAGGGUCUCCUGGACCGUUUGUAA